AUGAUCCAACACUCCAGCCCUGGUCAUGUUGUAUUAGGUGGCUUAUUUCCCAUCCACUCCAAAGGUGUAAAUGUGGAACAAACUUUCAAAGAGAAACCUGGAGAGACACUAUGUGAAGGUUUUAAUUUUCGAACGUUUCGCUGGUCACAAGCAAUGGUAUUCUUCAUCGAAGAAAUAAACAAAAACAAGACCUUUUUACCAAAUGUAACUCUUGGUUACAAAUUAUUUGACACAUGUGGAAUCGCCGUUCAGUCAAUGAAAGCGACGUUAUCAUUAAUCAAUGCACCAAAGAGUAAUGAUUCAGAGGAAUGCCUGGCUGCACCUUCAGUAUCGAUAAUAAUCGGUGAUUCUGGGUCAACACUUUCAAUGGCUAUAUCAAGAGUCUUGGAGUUGUUCAAAAUCCCUUUGGUCAGCUACUUUGCGUCAUGUGCGUGCCUCAGUGAUCACAAGAAGUUUCCUACAUUUUUUCGAACAAUUCCUAGUGAUUUAAACCAAGCCAGAGCUUUGGCAUACCUCGUUCAACGCUUUGGCUGGACGUGGGUUGGAACUGUUGCUGCAGAUGAUGAUUACGGGAGGACCGGAAUUCAAAUGUUCCAUGAUGAGGUGACAAAACUGGGUGUUUGCAUUGCAUACCGGGUUAUCAUUCCAAAAGUGGUUUCUAAACAAAAAGUUGUUCAGAUUGUGAAAACGAUCCAAUCCUCCACAGCCAAAGUUAUUGUUGCAUUCUCAAUUGAAGAAGAUAUAUACCCCAUUAUUCAAGAGAUUGUUUUACAGAAUAUCACUGAUAAACAAUGGAUAGCGAGUGAAGCAUGGGUAACUUCCUCACUAAUCUCAACAAAGGAAAAUUUGAUCUCCCUGGAUGGCACAAUUGGCUUUGCAAUUCGCAGAGCAGAUAUGCCGGAGCUCAAAGAAUUUCUGAUGAGCCUGAAUCCGUUAAAACAACCCGAAAACCAAUUUGCCAGAGAGUUUUGGGAAACUUUAUUUGACUGUUCCUUUGAUCAGAAUGAUCUUGGCUCGAAUUACUCGGUAGUGUCACCUCAUAAAAGAAGCUGCACUGGAAAUGAGAAAUUAGCGGAAACAGAAAGCAUCUACAGUGAUAUCUCUCAGCUAAGAGUCACAUACAAUAUGCACAAAGCCAUUUAUGCAGUUGCUCAUGCUCUUCACAAUUUGCAGUCUUGUGAAAAUGGAAAAGGACCAUUUUUAAAUAACACAUGUGCAAAUAUAUACAGUCUAGAACCCUGGCAGGUUGUGCACUAUCUUAAUAACGUAAGAUACACUAACAAAUUUGGAGAAGAUGUUUAUUUUGAUGAAAAUGGGGACCCGGUUGCAUCCUAUGACCUAAUAAAUUGGCAAAAAAAUCCUGAUGGCUCUGUGAAGUAUGUGACUUUUGGACGUUUUGAUUCUUCUGCAAGUCGACAGCAACAAAUAAUCAUUGAUGAAAAGAAAAUAAUUUGGAAUGGAGGCUUGAGGAAAGUUCCAAAGUCAUUGUGUACAGAGAGUUGCCCCUUAGGUUACAGAAAGGCUGUACGCAGGGGGCAGCCAGCUUGUUGUUAUGACUGUGUACAAUGUGCAGAUGGAACCUUCAGCAAUCAAACAGAUGCAGCGGAAUGCUUUCAGUGCCCUGUUGACUUUUGGUCUAACAAAGAGAAAGAUGCAUGCCAUCCUAAAGACAUUGAGUAUCUUUCCUUUUCAGAUACCCUCGGCAUCACGUCAGCAACCAUUUCAAUAUUUGGCGCUGUCUUGACGACAGCUGUGGCUAUCAUUUUCUUUCUGCAUAAGAGCACUCCGAUUGUGCGGGCCAACAAUUCUGAGCUCAGCUUUCUUUUGCUGCUCUCACUCGUAUUUUGCUUUCUAUGUGCGCUCACUUUUAUUGGGGAGCCAACAGAAUGGACUUGCAGGUUAAGGCGCACUUCUUUCAGUAUCACUUUUGUUCUCUGUCUCUCCUGUGUCUUGGGCAAAACAAUUGUAGUCCUUAUGGCUUUUAAAGCAACACUACCUGGGAAUAAUGUCAUGAGGUGGUUUGGGCCAGCACAGCAAAGGUUUAGUGUGUUUGUUUGCACGGCUGUUCAGUGCCUAAUUUGCUUGGUGUGGCUCAUCCUCUCCCCACCUUUCCCAUUUAAAAGCACCAGGUACUACAAUGAUAGGAUUAUCUUAGAAUGUGAUCUCGGGUCGGUCACCCUGUUCUGCUGUGUAAUGGGAUACAUCGGCUUUUUAGCAUGCAUCUGCUUUGUUCUUGCAUUCCUGGCACGGAAACUACCAGACAAUUUCAAUGAGGCCAAGUUUAUUACAUUUAGCAUGCUGAUAUUCUGUGCCGUCUGGAUCACUUUUAUCCCUGCUUAUAUUAGCUCUCCUGGAAAGUACGUUGUGGCUGUUGAAAUAUUUGCAAUUUUAUCUUCCAGUUUUGGAGUGCUGCUCUGUAUUUUUACACCUAAAUGCUAUGUCAUAUUAGUCAAGCCGGAAAAAAACACUAAAAAACAUCUAAUGUCAAAGACGAGUGUGCAGGGAUCAGUGAAAAUGAACUAAUUCUUUAGUUCAUUAAUAA